CUAUUAUUUUUGAAUUCGGGGACCGUUUAUUUUCUCUCUCUUCAUCUCUCUCUCUCUAUCUCUCCAAACAAACAAAGGCAAGCACUGAACUGAGGUGGAUGAUUAUUGUUUUCUGAGCUGUGUUAGUAGAUGAUUAAUAGUUUUUGAGCUGUGUUCGUAGACGAUUAUUAGUUUUUGAGAAGUGCGAAUUCAAGUGAAGACGAAAAAUUGGUUUAGAAUCUGCAAAUGAGUGUCGAACCGAUCGGGCAGAGUUUGAUCAUUUCAUUUGUCGGAGAAGAUCGUCGAGCUGAGAUCGCAUUUCACCUCAUCCUGGAUUUGGCAGUGCAUACCGUUCUAAAGGGUGGCAUAUCAUGAUAUGGAGAAAACAUUCUGGAGAAUAUUGCCAACGUGAGAGAACUGCCUUAUGCCGAUUAUCUUGUUUUUUAAGUGAAUAUGGAAAGUGAUCAGAAUCAUCAGAUUACGAAUACUCCUUCAGAAGGUUCUGGAGAUGGUCUACAAAGAGUUCAACCUUUGCAAGGGAGAAGAAGUGGUCCGACAAGACGUUCGACAAAAGGGCAAUGGACACCAGAGGAGGAUGAAAUUUUACGGAUGGCUGUUCAACGUUUCAAAGGAAAAAACUGGAGAAAGAUAGCCGAGUGUUUCAAGGAUCGAGCAGAUGUACAGUGCUUACACAGAUGGCAAAAAGUUCUGAAUCCAGAACUUGUCAAAGGUCCAUGGUCAAAAGAGGAGGAUGAAGUAAUAGUUGAAUUGGUGAACAAAUAUGGUCCAAAAAAGUGGUCUACCAUUGCACAGCAUCUUCCUGGGCGUAUUGGAAAGCAAUGUCGGGAACGGUGGCACAAUCAUCUUAAUCCUAAUAUAAACAAAGAAGCUUGGACACAAGAGGAGGAACUAGCUUUGAUUCGUGCCCAUCAAAUUUACGGAAAUAAGUGGGCAGAGUUGACAAAGUUCUUGCCAGGAAGAACCGAUAAUGCGAUUAAAAAUCAUUGGAAUUCUUCUGUCAAGAAGAAAGUGGAUAUGUAUGUGGCGUCAGGGUUACUUUCGCAAUACCAAGGCACACCACUUGUUAGCCAGUCAAAUCAGUCAGCAGUUUCAUCCUCUUCAAAGGCACAACAAAGCAGUGGAGAGGAUAAAGAUGGAGCAGAAGGGGAGGGAGCUUCAGCAUGCAGUCAAGCUUCAGUUUUUCCCAGCACUUCUCAACCUGUAAACAACACAAUCAACCGAACCACUCAUCACGAUGAGGAUCGCCAAGCAACUGAUGAUUAUCCUCCUGCGUUUCAAGAAGUAACAUAUGCCACACUAGAAGCACAGUGUGAAAUGGGUGCUAAGUUAAUUCAGCAGGAUACAUCUCUAGAUUGGAGGACCUUUUCCGGGGAAGUUUGGCCAGCAAAUACCAAUGAUCCUGACAUGUCUAUGCUGGAUCUUGGGCAUGAAACAUCUGGAAUAUUCAUGCAAUCUUUAAAUGGGAGUGAGAAUCAUGAUGCAAUAAACUUUCCAACAGAGACUUACAUGCAUCUGGAUGGUUCCAUUUCCAUGGUAAACAUGGGUGUGGUUUCUGACACCCCUAAUCCAGUAACAAAUGCAGACUGCAAUAUGGUAUAUCCUGACAUGGGCCAUGGUGGACAUCUCUCUGUAAAUGAACCAGAAAACUCAUUAGUCCAUGAUUAUUCAAGUAUGCAGGGAGCUUUGUCUUCUCAACCUGACCUUGUUCCUGUCCAUGAUUAUUCAAGUAUGCAGGUAGCUUUGUCUACUCAACCUGACCUUGUUCCUGUCCAUGAUUAUUCAAGUAUGCAGGGGGUUUUGUCUACUCAACCCGACCAUGCUCCUACUCAACUUCCACCUGAUGAUGGUCCAGUCUUAUUAAGAACAUACACAGAUCAGUUUGACUAUUCUACACAUGUGGAUGAUGAGCCUGCGCUUAUUUCCCCGCGGACACUGGACAAUUUUUUCUGUGCUAAUGAAUCUAAUUGUUCUCCACAUGAGGAUAAUUUUGAUGUGGCCAAGAGAUCACCAAAACUAGUUCCUGCCAAUGAUUUUGUACUGCAACCACAGAAUGUUGAUUCACCAUGUUGUUCUCCCAAGGACAAAAAAUCAGUUGAACAGCAGGAUUCAGGAGCUUUAUUCUAUGAGCCUCCUCGUUUUCCAAGCUUGGAUAUUCCAUUUUUCAGCUGUGAUCUUAUACAGUCUUGUAGCGCCAUGCAUCAGGAGUACAGUCCGCUGGGAAUCCGCCAGCUGAUGUUAUCCUCCAUGGCACCGUUAAAACUUUGGGAUUCACCGUCUAGAGAUACUAGUCCUGUAGCUUCUCUAAAAAGUGCUGCCAAAAGUUUUACAAGCACGCCAUCAAUACUGAGGAAAAGACCCCGCGACUUGUUGUCCCCUUUGUCAGAAAAGAGAUACGAGAAGAAACUUUCAUGUUCUAAGCCUGAAUCAGUUUCGAAUAUGGCUAAUGAAAUAUCUUGUUUGGAGGUUAUGUUUAACGAAUGUAUGGAAGACCAGAGAGGUUUGAACCAGCAAGGAGACUUUAUAGAAAAAGGAAACGCCACCCAUGCUUGUGAAGAGGCAAAGAAUGAGGACAAUCAAAGUUAUCUCAUUGCAGGGAGCAGAAACUCGCAGGAAGAUAAUAUUGUCAGUGAAUGUUCAGGAAAGCAAACGGAACGAGCUGCUGUGGAAGAAGUCCAAACUAACGUUAUUGAUAAAGAUGUACUGGAUAAGGCAAAAGAGCUGUCGGGGAUCCUUGUUGAGCAUGACAUGAAUGACAUGUUAUUCUUUUCUCCUGAUCGCUUUGGAACUAAGAGUGACAGAACAAAUCAUCCGAGCGCCAAAGCUCUUGCAAAUCAAUAUACUAGGAGAAUACAAUCAAUAUCUAAGCCUGGAGGUGUAUUAUCUUCAGCUGAAAAAGACAACACUACUCUUCAGUCCUUGAGUCCUACAGAGAAGAAAGCUGAAAGUUCUGGAAUGUAUGUGGGAACACCAUUUAAGUGGAGCAUGGAAUGUCCUUCACCUUGGAAAUCACCUUGGUUUGGUAACACUAUCUUACCGCGACCCAAAGUCGAUACUGAUAUAACUAUUGAGGAUAUUGGUUACUUGAGCCCAAGGAAUCGAAGUUACGAUGCCAUUGGAUUAAUGAAGCAACUGGGCGAGCAGACUGCUGGUGCAUUAUCUGAUGCCCAAAAGGUGUUGGGCGAUGAAACUCCAGAGUCAUUACUCAAGGGAAAAUGCUGUUCAAAAGAGCAACAAGAGAAGGAGAACGAACACACUCGGGCAGAACAUCAUUCCCUUUCAGCUUCAAAUUUGAUGGCAGAGAGGCGCGCACUUGAUUUUAGCGAAUGUGGAACACCAGGAAAGGAAGCUAGGAAAUUUUUAAGCAGCAGUGGUGGUGGUGGUGCAACUCCGUCUUCUUAUCUAUUGAAGAGUUGCAGGUAGGUGGACGACAUCCGUGACCUCACUGCUGCAAGUAUGCUAGUACUAGUUCAGAACCUGCGAUUUUGGUGUCAUUUAUUGUCCAAAUUCUUCUACCAUCCCAGAAAAUACAUAUUCACACAUCUCUUCAGGUGUGUCAAUGAAUUAGUUUUGGUCUCUUUCCUUGUAGUGAAAAGGACUUGCUAAAACUGUAUGCAUUUCAUAACCAUAUUUGAGAGCAAAAGACUUGUAAAAGACCAAAAGUAAUUAUAUUAUGCUUGUGUUUGACGGCUCUUACACA